AUGAAUAUCAUCGCCUGGAAUGUCCGUGGUUUGACGGACGAAUCCAAGCGGUUACUUAAGGAGCACUGUAGCUCAUUUUCUCCUGUUAUCUUGGGUUUGAUUGAACCUAAGAAGGCGUUUCGUAAGGUGAGGCAGAGCUACUGGAAUUCUUUAAAUAUGGUGCCUAUUCAUCAAAAUUGUCGAGCAUCUAAAAGUUCGAACAUUUGGGUUCUUGCUCAUCCUGAUGUGAUUGCAACCAUGCUAUUAUACACGGAGCCAAUGACCAGAUCCUCCGCCGUCAACUUUGGCAUGAUCUUCUACAUUUCACGUCAGGUAAUACUGUCUUUAUUGGUGAUUUUAACGCAGUCAAAGGCUCUAAUGAGAGGAUCAGUUCUAGGUCCCCUUCAAGAAGCUCAUGCUUGGACUUCUGCGCUUUCAUUGAUGAUUCUCAAUUCAUUGAAUCUCCAACUGAAGGGAUUCGCUUUACCUGGUCUGGACGUCGGUUUUUUCCCCGUCAUGUUGAAUCUAUCCUUGAUAGAGCAUUUUUUUCCCAAGGGUUUUGCUGAUUUAUGCGAUUCGAUUGUUACCACGGCGCUUCCGAGGCUCACCUCUGAUCAUUCUCCGUUAGUUCUGCAGUGCCGUCAGGUUACUCCAUCUGGCAUAAGACACUUCAGAUUUCUGAAUAUGUGGACCCUUCAUCCUUCGUUCUUAGAUAUGGUGAAGAAUUCGUGGAUGGUUGCUGUUAACACUAGCUGCCCUAUUCUGUGUGUUAUGUUGAAACUCAAGAGGCUGCGUUAUGAUAUUAAGGUCUGGAAUAAAGAUGUUUUUGGCAACGUAGAUAAUUCGAUUGGUCUAUUUCAGAAUCAUUUGGCGGUCACCCAGAACCAGAUUUCUGAAACUGGAUAUACUGAUGAGCUCUUCGAUGAGGAGAUUCGUUUGCAAGCUGAGCUUAAUGUUGCGCUUUCUAGAAAAAAUAAUCUUCUUCAACAGAAAAGCCGUGCCUCGUGGUUGCAAGAUGGGGAUAGAAAUACGACUUUCUUUCACAGAAUGAUAAAAUUCAAACGGAGGAAUACUUUGAUUACUCGCUUGAAUAUUGAUGGUGUGGAUGUCUAUGAUCCGAGUAUUAUUGAGCAACAUAUCAUCAGGCACUUCUCGGCUCUUUUCAUGGAUGAUGGAAGCCCGAGCGCUGACCCUUUGGAGAUUGAGGCGCUUUUUGAUCUGGCGGUUUCGGAUGCUCAGAAUAAUUUUUUGGUCAGUAUACCUGCGGAGAGUGAGAUUGCGGCGGAGGUCUUUGGAAUGGACGCUAAUAGUGCCCCUGGACCUGAUGGUUUCUCUGGUUCCUUCUUUCAGACUUGCUGGGAAAUUAUUAAGACGGAUGUCGUCAGUGCUGUUCAAACUUUUUUCCGGUCUUCUUAUUUACCUACUGGUUGCAAUUCCAGUACAAUGAUUCUUAUCCCAAAGAAGAAGGAUGUUUCAACUGUUGCUGAUUUGAGACCCAUCGUUCUGUCGAACUUCUUCUUUAAAAUCAUUUCCAAAAUCUUGGCGUCAAGGCUUAGCAGGAUUGCGUCCACUCAUAUCUCUAAUAACCAAUUUGGUUUCAUUAGUGGUCGCAACAUCCAUGAUUGCAUUAUGCUCAGCUCUGAGGGAUUCAACUCGAUGCAACGUACGAAUCGGGGUUCGAAUAUGGCUUGCAAAAUUGACAUUCGUAAGGCUUUUGACACCAUUCGCUGGGAGUUCAUUAUGCAAGUUUUGAGAGCGAAUGGAUAUCAUGAGAAGUUCGUCAAUUGGAUUUGGAUCAUUUUUAGCUCUGCCCGGCUCUCCAUUCUUUACAAUGGUCAGCUUUCGGGGUACUUCUCUUGUUCUCGUGGGGUUAGGCAGGGUGAUCCGUUGUCGCCGAUUUUAUUUGGGAUUGCGGAAGACGUCCUGAGUCACCUUAUCAGCAGUUGUGUGGAAUCGAGACACCUUAGUCCGAUGGGUUUCAGUCGGGCCACUAAUUUUCCAACACACUUAUUUUAUGCUGAUGAUAUUAUCCUUUUUAGCACUGCUACGGUUCGUAAUGCUCGAAAGAUCAAGGAAAUUCUGAAUUAUUAUGGUUCGAUUUCUGGUCAGGUUUGCAGUCAGGAGAAAUCGAAUCUCUACUUCGCUAGGGGCGUGACUACGGAUAGGAGAAGGGCUAUUCAGCGUGUCAUGGGUUUCUCUGUGGGGAAUCUUCCGAUGACGUAUUUGGGAGUUCCUAUAUUUGUUGGUCGUCCGCGGGCCUCGUAUCUCAUGCCGAUCUUUGAUAAAAUUGUCCAAAAGUUUGCAAGGUGGAAAGGUCUUCAACUGUCUAUCGCAGGCCGUUUAUGUUUGGUGAGGUCUGUGAUUCAGAGUUCGAUUGUGCAUUCGAUGAUGGUUUAUAAAUGGCCUAAAUCGUUAUUGCAUUCGCUUGACCGUAAAUGUCGUAAUUUCAUUUGGACGGGCAGCAUUGAUCAGCAACCGCGUUGUUCUGUUAGUUGGAGACGGGUGUGCGCUCCUAAAGAGGAAGGUGGUCUUGGCAUUCGUUCUUUUACCUUAAUGAAUAAAUCUUUUUUGAUGAAGCUGGCAUGGAAGAUGAUAAAAGGUGAUGAUUGGGCUCAUCGGAUUAUGAGGUCCAGAUACCUCACGACCUUCAGCUAUGCUAAGCAAAAUAUUGCUAAUUCGACUAUUUGGCUCGGCGUGAAACAAGAGAUUGAUCCCUUGGUGGUUGAUUCUUACUCUUGCAUCAAUAAUGGUGCUAAUACUUAUUUUUGGAAGGAUGAUUGGCUGGGUUACAUUUUGGUGGAUAAGCUCAAAAUUCCUCACUACAUGCAUGAUUUUCUCCAUUUCUCUGUGAAAGAUUACUACUACGAUGGUCUGUGGCAUUUCUCGCCUUCGUUUGUGAAUUAUUUCCCUGAGGUGGUGGCUGAUAUUUUAUUGAUUCCUAUGAGCGAGGAAAAAGAUUCUAGAUAUUGGAAGCAUUCGCUCAAGGGGGAUGUCUCGGCGGCUUUAGCCUUCUCCAAGAAUUGUCAUCGUUACACUAUGGUGAAAUGGGGGACAUGGAUUUGGGAACCGUACAUUCCGAUUCGUCGUUCAAUCUUAUGCUGGAGGAUUCUUCAUGGGCGUCUUCCAACCUUGGAUACUCUCGUUAGACAAGGUAUGGUCACUCCUAAUGGUUGUCCCUUUUGUUAUAUGGAUGCUGAAACCAUUGAGCAUAUCAUGUGGAGCUGUCCUCGGAUUAGUUACAUUUGGGAAACGUUUCUGGUCUGGUUUCAUAAAACGGAUCUGUUAAGUUGCUUGGAUAUUCACACUUUUUUAGUGCUGGCUUGGAAUGCUUGCUUCAGCCCCCAAAUUUUGGCUUUUUGGAAAGGAGGCAUUAUUUCGAUCCUGUGGAAGAUAUGGGACUGUAGGAAUGCGAUUGUUUUCGAUGAUCUCCGUUUUGAGGCUCGGUCGAUUCUUACUUUUGUUAAAGCUUAUUUUAAAGAGAUGGAUUCUAAUUUUUCACGGCUUGGUACCAUCAAGAAUAAUUGGACUGACUACGUGAUUGUUAGAAGUCUUGGAAUUGGCAGUCGAGCUGCUCCUCCCCCUCGCAUGGUGGAGGUUUAUUGGUGGCCUCCGGUGACUCAUUGGAUUAAGGUCAACACCGAUGGCUCUGCUAAAGGGGCUCCUGGUCGUAUUGCCGCGGGAGGAGUCUUUAGGGAUAAUUUUGCUUAUGUCCGUGGCUGUUUUCACAUCAAGGGUGGUAGUGGGUUUGCUUUUGAAGCUGAGCUUCUCGCGGUUAUUACUGCUAUUAAUAUUGCUCAUGAUCGUGGCUGGCUUCAUCUUUGGGUUGAGUCCGAUUCGAUGUAUGUGGUGCGGUUGUUGGAGAAUCGCUCCACGAAUGUUCCCUGGCGUUUCUUAGCUUCCUGGAAGCAGGUUCUUCGUCGUCUUCAUGGUUUUUCUUUGAUUGUUACUCACAUCUUUCGGGAAGGAAAUCACCCCGCGGACAUAAUGGCCAAUGAUGAUAGACAAGAGGGAUGGUGGCCUUAUGCGAUUGACGAUAUUAAACAUGCGGUGGCUCGUUGGAUGCUUCUCGCGACAGGUGCGGUUGCUUCGUUGGGGUUUCGGUUGUCUGUUGGUGUUGGGAUGGUUCCUACUUAUUCCGUUUACAUGGUUUUUCUUGGUCUGCUGAUUUUCCUUUUAGCUUCGCUAGUUGUGGCUGGUGUCGUGCUAUUUCUGAUCAAUCACUUGGCGAAAGCAGUAGCCAAACUGGAGGAAAAUGCCGGUAAACUCCCAGCCAUGAGGAUCAAUCCCAGAGAACAAGCUCAGGUGAUCCUAACGGAGUUCGUGGAAGGAGAGGAAGAUACAAAAGAGUUGUUAGCUGAAGUUGAAUUAAUCAAAGAAAACGUGAAGGAAGGCGGUGCAGGUCUAACUACAGAACAAGCUGGUGGUAGCAAUCUAACCGAGGCACCCUACCCAGGAUGCCUAAGACAGAAGGCCAAAGAGAAAGACGCAAGUGAAAUGAUGAAGAUGUUCCAGAAAGUGGAACUGAGCAUACCAUUACUCGAUGCCAUCAGACAAAUUCCAAAGUAUGCCAAGAUCUUGAAAGACCUUUGUUCAAGGAAGGUAAAGAUGGAGGAAGAAGUCUGA